AACUUGGCAAUCGGGGUGUGACAAUACCACAAGCACGAACUGCUCCGACGUUCGAAGUCAGCUGUCUGCCCUGAGUUUUCAUUGGCACCUUUAGCGUGUCUAGUACGACAGACAGGUCGGAUCGACCGAGUGACAUAUUUGAAUGGUCCAUAUCGCUCUCGUUUUACUCCGCCCGCGCAGCGCUUUCUACGGUUUGUCCGUCUAUUCAUAAACAAUGGUGGUCCCUGGAUCUCAACACAUAGAAGAGCUGAUAUAUCCUCCUCCAGAGAGGCUAAAGAAGGAUGCUCAUGUGCCCGACUUCAACUCUUAUCUUGAACUUUACAAGAAGUCUAUUGAGGACCCGGAGGCGUUCUGGAAAGAGGUUGCUGGCGACUUCUUUUGGAAGAAGCCUCCGACAGGACGCAUUCUUCAGUAUAACUUUGACGUGACCAAAGGCAGUAUUUACAUCAAGUGCAUGGAGGGGGCCAAAACCAACCUGUGCUACAAUGUCCUGGACAGGCUCGUCUACCACAGGAAUCUUGGUGAAAAAGUGGCGUUCUACUGGGAGGGGAACUCGUCAGAUCACCACAUGACCAUCACCUACAGGCAGCUGCUGGGACAGGUUUGCAGGUGUGCCAACGUUCUCAAGCAGAUGGGUGUGAGGAAAGGAGACAGGGUGGCCAUUUACCUCCCCAUGAUUCCAGAGUUGGUGUACACCAUGUUGGCCUGUGCCAGGAUUGGAGCGGUGCACUCCAUUGUGUUUGCAGGUUUCUCUUCGGAGUCUCUGUGUGAACGGAUCCUGGAUUCCCAGUGCUGUAUCCUAGUGACUGCAGAUGGUGUAUACAGAGGGGAGAAGUUGAUCAACCUGAAGCAGAUAGCAGACGAGGCUCUGGAGAAAUGUAGGGAGAGAACGUCAGCUACUGUAAAAAGAUGUCUAGUAGUGAAGCACCAUUCGCUCCGGACAAACAGUGGGGAUGUUUCCAACAACCUCCAGACCCCCUGGAACUCUGCAUGUGACGUGUGUUGGGAGGAGGUGAUGGGAGGAGUCUCGGAGGACUGUGACCCUGAGUGGGUGGAUGCAGAGGAUCCCCUCUUCAUUCUCUACACUAGUGGAUCUACUGGGAAACCCAAGGGGGUUCUCCACACUGUAGCAGGCUACCUGCUCUACACCUCUCUGACCUUCAAGUAUGUGUUUGACCACCAGCCAGACGAUGUGUACUGGUGUACUGCUGAUAUAGGCUGGAUCACAGGACACUCCUACAUCACAUAUGGACCGCUGGCCAAUGGGGCUACCAGUGUUCUGUUCGAGGGUAUCCCAGUCCACCCUCAUGUGGGGCGGUUCUGGGAGGUGAUUGAGAAGUACAGAGUGACCAAGUUCUACACAGCUCCUACUGUCCUACGGCUUCUCAUGAAGUACGGGAAGGAACCAGUGCAGAAGUAUGACCUGUCGUCGCUGAGGAUCCUGGGAACUGUAGGUGAACCCAUCAAUCCAGAGGCGUGGCAUUGGUACUAUGAUGUAGUUGGACAGAAGAGAUGCCCUGUGGUCGACACCUUCUGGCAGACAGAGACGGGUGGUCAUGUUCUGACCCCACUCCCUGCAGCAACUCCUCUGAAACCUGGAGCAGCAACCUUUCCUUUCUUCGGAGUGGAGCCACUCAUACUGAAUGAACAUGGAGAAGAACUAGAGGGAGAAGCAGAGGGCUAUCUGGUGUUCCGGAGGCCUUGGCCUGGUAUGAUGCGUACCGUGUAUGGAAACCAGGAGCGCUUUGAGAAUGUAUACUUCAAGAAGUUCCCCGGUUUCUAUGUGACAGGCGACGGCUGCAGGCGGGACAAAGACGGCUACUUCUGGAUCACGGGCAGGAUAGACGACAUGCUCAAUGUGUCAGGACACCUGUUGAGCACAGCGGAGGUGGAGGCGGCCCUGACGGAGCACGGGGCGGUGGUGGAGGCGGCCGUGGUCAGCAGACCUCACACAGUCAAGGGGGAGUGUCUCUACUGCUUCGUCACCGUGAAGGACUGCAGACCGUUCAACCGCAACCUGGUGGAGGAGCUCAAGAGACGAGUGAGAGAGAAGAUUGGUCCAAUCGCCACUCCAGACUUUAUCCAGAACGCCCCUGCACUUCCUAAAACCCGCUCUGUGUCUUCCACAGGUAAGAUCAUGAGACGCGUGCUGAGGCUGAUCGCCCGGAACGACAAGGAUCUUGGUGACCUUUCAACCCUUGCUGACCCCAAGGUUGUGGACGUUCUCUUCAGCCAGCGCUGUGAGACGGCCACCUGAGGGCUGCAUGUUAACACUCUGCAGAGGCUCCCUCUCCUCAACUCCUUUCCUUGUCUCAUUCUCUUUACCUACACUGCCCUUAAACAAAACUGGAUAAGGGAAUUACCCAUUCAAGGUAGACUGAGGCGAGGAGAAACAGAGAAGAAGUUGGGUUAGACUACUGAGACAACCCAUCUUUUCUCAUGGUGCCUGAUGAAUACAGUUCCCCUCAACACUGGUCCUGGAACUGUCUCAGGUCUUUGUUUUGCCCUGUCUGGGGGUGGGAUUUGGGGAGGACAGGUUCUAAAUCAGAAAUUAUGGGAAAUUAACCGACUUUGAGUAAUUCAAUAUACUGAAGAAAAAAAGGAUCCAACAACCAGAGGACAACCCCAUGGCCUAACACAGAGCCUUCAGUAAGCAGGACACAAUGAGUAUUAUGAAUAAUUGUUAAUUAUUAUGAUGGGCUAUGAUUUCCUGGUCAUUAUCCUAACGGUUUUGUAUGUUUUCUAAUGAUUGAUCAGCUCACGAUGGAUCUAGUUAAUUCAUAUGCCUCUGCUUUCAUUUUAGUUUUUCAUGCUCAGACUGAUAGAUUAGUGUAGAUCCGUAAAUGUAUAAAUGAAGACAGAAAGCUAUCUAGCUGUUCACUGUUUAAAACUGAUAAAUAUUCCCAGGAGAAAGGUCUGCAGUUUUAGCAGAACAUGACUCGUAUUUGUUUUGGCCACAUGUAUAUUUGAGUUUCGUAUGUUUUAAUUAUUUGAGAAUAAAUAUAUUUUAUGUA